AUGGAUAUUCUUGUUAAGCCUGAUUCCCCUGUCAUCGAUUAUAAUAGUCGGUUCAGUGGCUUAACAAAAGAUUUGGUGGACGAAGCGAAAUACGACCUUAAAAAGGCGAGGGAAAGGUUUCUUGAGUUCGUUAACUCAGAAACCAUUCUAAUUGGGCAUAGUUUGGAAAGCGAUUUGAAAGCCCUACGAAUUGUCCACCAGAAAAUAGUAGACACAUCAGAUGUUUUUCCGCAUGAAAGGGGACUACCGUAUAAAAAGUCAUUGAAAAAUAUAUUCAAUGAUAUUUUUCAUUCGAAUAUUCAGGAAAACGGAAAAAUUCGUAACUCAGCUGGUAAUAUUUUAGCCGAUGGCCACGAUUCAAAAGAAGACGCAAGUGCUUGUAUGCGAUUAAUGCUGCACAAAGUAAAAUUCGGCUAA